GUUCUCCAUUGGCAGGUCCGUCCUGUGCCACGUGCUGCCCUCCGCGCUCUGUGAUUGGCUGGAACCCUGAUCCCCGGUGCUGCUGAGACUGUGAGGCCUGGGACACCGGGUGCUGGCGAACUCUGGGCACCGAGUCAGCGCGGAGACAUGCUUGCCAGAAACCCCCACAAGGCCACCCGGCCAUCCCCGGCAACCCAUGGUGAGAACACUGAGGAACGGGAGGAGGCGCAUGCAGGGGACAACACAGAGGACAUCGAUAUUGUGAAGUCUCCCAGCGACCCCAAGAAAUACCGGUUUAUUCAGCUAGACAAUGGUCUUAGAGCUCUGCUCAUCUCUGAUAUGACAUCACCGGGUGUCGAUGCUCAUGAAUCCUCGGAUGGUGAAGACGACGAUGAGCAGUGGGAGACUGAAGAUGACAGUGAGGAUGAGAGUGAGGGCAAUUCAGAAGAAGAUGAUGAAGAUGAUGAUGAGGAAGAUGAACAUGAGGAGUCUGACAGCCUGUAUACAAGACACAAAAAGGGCUGCACUGAAAAGCUGUCUGCUGCUGCCCUUUGCAUUGGCGUUGGAAGCUUCAGCGAUCCUGAGGAUCUGCCGGGGUUAGCACACUUCUUGGAGCACAUGGUAUUUAUGGGCAGUGAAAAAUACCCAGAUGAAAAUGGUUUUGAUGCUUUUCUUAAAAAACAUGGGGGCAGUGACAACGCCUCCACAGACACGGAACGCACCAUAUUCCAGUUUGAUGUACAGAGGAAACAUUUCAAGGAGGCCUUGGACCGAUGGGCUCAGUUCUUUAUCUCCCCGCUGAUGGUCCGUGAUGCAAUAGAGCGGGAAGUACAGGCUGUGGACAGUGAAUUUGAGCUUGCUCGGCCAUCUGAUUCUAAUCGCAAAGAAAUGCUUUUUGGGAGUCUAGCAAAGCCCGGUCAUCCGAUGGGCAAGUUUUUCUGGGGAAAUGCUCAGACUCUGAAAUACAAUCCCAAAGAGAAGAAUAUAGACACCCAUGCUCGUCUCCGAGAGUUCUACAGGACCUAUUACUCUGCCCACUACAUGACCCUGGCUGUACAGUCUAAUGAAACCCUGGAUAAACUGGAAGAAUGGGUCAGGGAGAUCUUCUGCAAGAUUCCAAAUAAUGGAUUGGGAAAACCUAAUUUUAGCCACCUGACUGACCCUUUUGACACUCCCAGGUUUAAUUCGCUUUACAGAGUUGUCCCUAUUAAGAAGGUUCAUGCGUUGACUAUCACCUGGGCUCUUCCUUCCCAGGAAAUGUAUUACAAGGUGAAACCUCUUCACUACAUCUCAUGGCUAAUAGGACAUGAGGGCAAAGGCAGUAUCCUCUCUCUCCUGCGUAAGAAGUGUUGGGCGCUGGCUCUGUUUGGAGGGAACAGUGAGACUGGCUUUGAGCAGAACACCACCUACUCCGUGUUCAGUAUUUCUAUCACAUUGACUGAUGCUGGAUAUGAGAACUUCUAUGAGGUUACUCAUAUUGUCUUUCAGUAUUUAAAAAUGUUGCUGCAGCUGGGUCCACAAGAGAGGAUCUUCCAGGAGAUUCAGAAAAUCGAAGCCAAUGAGUUUUUCUAUCAGGAGCAGACUGACCCUAUUGACUAUGUGGAGAGUAUCUGUGAGAACAUGCAGCUGUUUCCCAAAGAAGAUUUCCUGACUGGUGACCAGCUUCUCUUCGAGUACAGUCCUGAUAUAAUUGCAGACGCUCUUGGAGUCCUAACUCCUGAGAAAGCAAAUCUGCUGCUUCUGUCUCCAGCCAACGAGGGCAAGUGUGACCUGAAGGAGAAGUGGUUCGGGACCCAGUAUAGCAUCGAAGACAUAGAUACAAAAUGGAAAGAUCUUUGGGCCACUGACUUCCUUUUAAACCCUGACCUCCAUCUCCCAGCAGAGAACCGGUUCAUUGCCACUGACUUUAGUGUGAAGAGCUCAGACUGCCCGGACACAGAAUACCCUGAGAAGAUAGCGGACAUUGAGCAGGGCUGCCUUUGGUACAAGAAAGACAACAAGUUCAAGAUUCCUAAAGCCUACAUCCGUUUUCAGCUGAUUUCACCAUUAAUCCAGCAAUCACCUGAAAACUUGGUUCUGUUUGACCUGUUUGUCAAUAUCCUGGCUCACACGCUGGCAGAGCCGGCCUACGAAGCAGACGUCGCUCAGCUGGAAUAUAAGCUGGUGGCUGGAGAAUAUGGCCUAGUCAUCAAAGUGAAGGGAUUCAACCACAAACUGCCUCUUCUCUACGAACUGAUCAUUGACCACCUGGCGGAGUUCACAGCUUCUCCUGACGUGUUUGACAUGAUCACAGAGCAGCUGAAAAAGACCUACUUCAAUCUACUCAUCAAACCAGAGAAGCUGGGCAAGGACGUACGACUCUUGAUCCUGGAACGUGAUCGCUGGUCCAUGGUAGAGAAAUACCUGACCAUACUGAAGGGCUUACACUUGGAGCAGCUUCUCUCCUUCUUUGACCAGUUUAGAUCUCAGCUGUAUGUAGAAGGAUUGAUCCAGGGCAAUUUCACCAGCAAGGAUUCGGCAGAGUUCCUGACCUACGUUGUAAGUAAGCUGCAGUUUGUGCCUCUGAGGAGCGUAGUCCCGGUGCAGUUCCAGGUGGUAGAGCUGCCGACCGCUCAUCACUUGUGUAAAGUAAAGUCGCUGAAUAAAGGAGACACCAAUUCUGAGGUCACGGUGUAUUACCAGUCUGGCGCUAGGAACCUGUGGGAUUACACACUGAUGGAGCUGCUAGUGAUGCACAUGGAAGAACCUUGUUUUGACUUUCUGAGGACGAAGCAGACUCUAGGGUACCAUGUGUAUCCCACCUGCAGGAACACUUCUGGGAUUCUGGGCUUCUCCGUCACCGUGGAAACACAAGCAUCUAAAUUCAACUCGGAAUUAGUGGACAAGAAAAUAGAAGAAUUUCUGUUGUGUUUUGGAGAAAAAAUUGAGAACUUGGCAGAUGAAGCUUUUAAAACCCAGGUUCAGGCCUUGAUCAAACUGAAGGAAUGUGAGGACACUCACCUGGGAGAGGAGGUAGACAGGAACUGGAGCGAAGUCGUCACUCAGCAGUAUCUCUUUGACCGCUUGGAACGUGAGGUGGACGCCCUGAAGACCUUCAAAAAGACGGACAUGGUCAAUUGGUUCCAGGCCCAUCGAGGCUGUGACAGAAAGGUUCUCAGUGUACAUGUGAUUGGAUUUGGUGAGAAAGAACUAGACGUUGUGGCCUCUCGGACUCCAGUCGGGGAACCAGAAUCUGCUUAUGGAACGAUCACAGAUCUGACUUUCCUCCCCCCAUCUCCUCUCCUGGCAGACACUGUGCCAAUCUAUGACAUCCGCAGUUUUACCUCCACUUUGAAACUGCUGCCGUAUCACAAAAUAAUCAAAUGAGAGCGGCCGGGACUCGUAGUGACGGAGAGUGCAGUUACAUCAAACAAUUGCUUUACUGGGUGCUAUCAGGUUUCCUGCACUUUCUAAACCAUUAAAAAAAAAAAAACUUUGAGAGAAACCUUUAGCAAGGUAGACAGACGUCUAGUAACCUUUUAUGCUGCAGUUGGGCUUAAUACUUGUUUGCAGUUAUCUGACUGAUUUCUAAAUUCUAAGCUGCCUCUGUGUAUUUGCUACAUUCACAUACAAUGGAGUUCUGAGGCUGUGAAUGGGGGUAGGCAAGGUGCAGCCCUCCAGCUUCUGUGGAACUAUUCAUUUCUCUGUGUGGGCAUGCUAAAACUGUGGCAGGACAUGCUGGGAUAUGUAAUUCUACAGCAGCUGGAUGUUGCUUAGCCCCACAAGGGUGCCAUCAGAAAUUGUGGGGCCUGAGACUGCCAGAAUAGGCAGGGCCCCCCACCCUCCCCUUCUGCUACCCCUGCAACCCCCACAACUUAACAUUCUGGGCACUGAUUGCCCCUCCUGGGACAAGGCCGCAGAACACCAGGUACUACCCCUAGGCACCACUGCUGCAGGCUGGGGCCACAGUUGCAGCAGAAGGAAGGAGUUCAGAGCAGGCAGCCAUAGAAGGACCGCACUGGCAGUAUUUCAAAUCUGGAGCAAGCCAUGAACCAAUCAGAGCUCACGGACUCACAGCCAAGCAGGAGCUGCAAAUUCAAAAUGCUGCUGGUACUGCCCCUCUAUGGCAGCCUGUGGUGCGUUCCAAUCCACACCACCACCAUGCAGGUCCCCUCACGGUCAGGGCCCAGGACUGGAGUCCCAGCAGUCCCCCUCUGAUGGCAGCCCUGCUUACCCCUGUCCUAACCCAUACACAACAGCCAGGAAGGAGGGAAUGGAUAACUCAGAUAUCCUUAUUACGUCACUUGUGUAUCUGUGAAUGUGCCAGUACUAAAGAUGCAUUUUAAUGCUCUUCCAAUUAAAGUGGGCCGACGUCAUUUUGUGUACUGACCUUUGUGUCCAAUUGAAUUGAUAGACUGCAUAUUGGUUUAGUGCACAAAAUGGCCACCUCUGGGUGUGCAGUAGCGGACAGUUCACAUUCAAGGUUUAUUUAUUGAACUAGUAAUGUAGUGGCGUGUCAUCAAAGAUCAUUUACAUUUUAUUAAAAGGGGCUGCUGUGUAAUAUAUAUAUAUUUUAUAUAACCCCUGCAUCAUGUGCUAUUUUACAGAAGGCAACCAGUAAGUUAUUUUUACUACAGAGCAAAGAAAAAGUCAUCAUUACUGUUACCCAUGUGUAGCAUAUUUCAGGAAUGUCUAAUCGCCAUGCUGCAAUAAAGUGACACUUAUUUACUA